GAAACUGGAGACAAUCCUGACGAUGAUAACGAUGCACCGUUGUCCAAUACCCACCCUGCCUACCAUGCUCCCACGGCUUCUUCCUAUCAGCCAUCUCUCACUGCUUACCAGUUACAAGUGAAGCCAAGCUCAAUGUCGUCCUCCCACAAGGAGCCCCCCAAGAAUCCAGACAAGGACAUAUCCCAA